UUGGAUCAUCGCGUGCAGUACGAACGAGCUUUUCAGGUGACAAUUCCGGAAGACUAUCCCAAUAACGCUCUGGUGACAUGCUUUGCUGCUUUUGAUCCCGAUGAAGGCAAAAAUGGCGCAAUAGCGUAUGCAUUAGAUAGUGCAGUGAAGCAGCUUACCUCAGUACCAUUUCGCAUCCAAGAGGAUACAGGCUGUGUCUUUGUGAACACCGAACGACCGUUGGACUUCGAGACAAUCAAACUUUACAAUUUGUCUAUUGAAGUGAUGGAUAACGGUGAGCCGAUGUUAAGUUCGAUAUGCACAUUGCUGGUGGAGCUUUCUGAUGUCAACGAAAAUUUGUUUCCGCCAUUGUUCGAUGACAUUGCACUCGAAACAACUAUUUAU